AUGCCCAAGAAUAUAAUCAUUGAUAAUGGAUCGUAUCAUAUAAAAUAUGGUGAUGCUUCGGGGGAAAAACCAGUCCAUGCGCAGAAUUGUGUUAUACGGACAAACGAUCGAAGGGUGCUGUUGGGUGAGGCUCUAGAUCCGGGGACGAAGAUCAUCAAUGACUAUUCAGGCAUCCAUUUCAGAAGACCCAUAGAGCAUGGACAGUUGACACAGUGGUCGGUGGAGAAACAGAUUUGGGAUAAUUCAUUUGCAGAAGAGUAUUUUACGGAUGAUUGGCUUAAAGAUUCAAACCUCAUAUACUGCGAAACGCCAUUUACGCUGACAUUAUUUCAAAAUUUGACGGAUGAAGUGCUCUUUGAAGAGUACGAUAUAAGCAAUUUGUACAGAUGUUCCUCGGGAAGUCUUAUGCCAUGGCUCUCACAGAAUAAUGCCCAGUAUAACGACUUUCAGCUUGUGAUCGACUCAGGAUUUGAUUCUACGUGGGUGAUUCCGAUGAUUUACGGCCUUCCUUACUGGAAAGGGGUGAGGAAAAUGCCUAUUGCCGGCCGAUUUCUCAAUAGUUAUCUCAGAGAAAUAAUAUCAUUUAGGCAUUAUGAUGUGACGGAUGAAAUGGUUCUCGUCAACAAUAUCAAAGAAAAAGCAUGCUACGUUACAUCAGACUACGAAGCAUCACUUAAGAAAGUGGAGAAGCAAAGGAAAAACAGGAACUUGAAUGAUGCCGGAGAGAUAUCAAUCAACUAUGUUCUUCCAGAUUAUAAAACAACUAAUAUUGGGUACACAGUGACGGAUGACAAACUUGCAAAGAUGCAGAAACAGGAUACAGUGCAAUCUUUGAAAUUGUACGAUGAAAGAUUUGCCAUUCCAGAACUUCUCUUUCACCCUGAGCUUAGCGGAGUACACAAGGCGGGAAUUAUCACUACUAUCAAGGAUUCUUUGAAACAUGUACCUGCUUUAAUUAGACCUCUACUAACAGCCAACAUGGUUGUAAUCGGUGGAACAUUCAACCUGUCCGGCUUUAAAGAACGACUAGCUCAGGAGUUGAAGAAAGAGAUCCCUAUAGACGACGAAAUUAUUAUUCAUGACUUCGACCAGUCCAAAGAUCUUUCCGAAAUUGGAUGGUACGCAGGAAAACAGCUUUUUGCUAAGAAUGGUUUUGAGAAAGUGUGCGUGUCAAGGGAAGAGUAUCAAGAGCUUGGUGCAGAAUAUACUCAGGAGAAGUUUGGUUACAAGCUGCCCUGA